CUCUCUCUUUAUCUCUCCGGAUCUGCCUUCAAGGUCUCUCUCUUCUCCAAAUACUCCGAUUCUGUGAUCUGCCAAUCAGGGGAGGGUUUUGUUACAAAUGGCCGAACGAAAGGAAAAACAGCCAGUUUUCAUCAAGGUUGAGCAGCUUCGCCCUGCAACUACUGGGCUUAACCUCAUUGUAAAGGUUGUGAAUGCAAAGAUGAUAUUGCAAAGAGGUCGUGCCGAAGGAACUCAAGGACGCCAAAUGCGGCUUGCUGAAUGCUUGGUUGGUGAUGAGACUGCAAUGAUUGUGUUCACUGCUAGAAAUGAUCAAGUGGACUUGAUGAAAGAUGGUGCCACAGUAAUCCUGCGCAACGCCAAAAUUGACAUGUUCAAGGGAUCAAUGAGGCUUGCAGUGGACAAGUGGGGCCUUAUUGAAGUCACCGAGCCUGCCAAUUUCUCUGCGAAGGAAGAUAACAAUCUGUCGCUGAUUGAGUUUGAACUAGUGAAUAUUGUCGAGGAGUGA